CGGCAGCCACUAACUUUUGUGUUCUUUUCGUGGUUUUUUGGUGGUUUUUUGGCGAAACCGGCAGCCGAAUUGACCGGAAAUGGACCUCUUGAAACCCCGGACGGUGCCCCUGUCGGAGGAGACGAUACUGUGGUUUGAGUUUCUUCUAAAACCGGCUCUUUUGACCAAACACCUCAGCAAACCAAAUCCCGAUCCUUCACCGACCGCGCUGAUCACCCAGUUUCUUUCCAUCGUACCGGAAGGGCAAAAUCCGCACGAACCCAGCAGCGUAAUAUCGACCCCGACGGCCGGAGAACCGUCUGAGGCUGCCGGCAAACUGUUGCCGCCGGCCGAUGGACUCAGAUACACGAAAAAGCAGCUCGCACUCAAGAUUCUGGCCCUCAAAGUGGCCGCCUUUAUACGGUGGGAUUUGGAUCAGCUUGAGCGCAGUCUUACCGUGGCCCGCCAGGUGCAGUUGCUGGGAGAUUUGUGCAGCAUCAUGGCCGGGAAGAUGGUUGUGUUGCCGUUGUCGCUCGUACACGAACCACCGUCUGCCGGUGUAGAUGGAUCCAAGCAUGCUCUAACGUUCGCUCUCGCACUCUACCAUCGCUGGGUACUACGGGCUCAGGUGCUCCGUGCAGCCGUAAUCAAAACUGCCAAACCAUUCGUCGGCCAUUCUCAAUCAGUUACGGAUCCAGCAACGUUUACGCUCCGCGACGAGUCCUCUCUGUCGGCACUGGAACCCUUCACGCAGCACAGUAUCGACUUUCUCACGCAGCUGGUACAGGAACCGCAAGCAUUCCGCGUUCUCACGUAUGAUUCCUUCGUUCCGCUCGAUGCGAAUGCGGCCAACAUACAUCAGCGGUUCGAUUCUGCCCUCCCAAUUCGUCCCUGUGAGCUGCGGGCACAGAUUCACUACGAUCUCUGCAUGUACUAUCUGUACGUGCAGCGGUACGAGCUGGCACGCCAGAACGUGUUGCUGUGCAAGGAAAACUUUACCGAGUGGCGACGGGAGGCCGAGCAGGACGGUGCACGUGCCCUUUACUGUACGGUUGAUGUGGAUGCCCUUCAGGCGUACCUGCUGGCGUGCGGGGUCACCGGUGAACCGGAUGGGCUGUUGCAGCGACUGCAUGAAUCCAUUCUGAACCACUACUCCGACAUCGUGGUCAUUCUGAAGGAAGAUAACAUCCGGCGUGAGAUUCCGAUGACUCAGCGGAAGCUACUUGAGCUAAACAUCGAGGGAUACAAUGCGAUCGGUAGCACGGAUGGUAAUCCGGUCGAACAGAAGGAACUUGAACUGGCCGUCGUUGCGCUUAACAUCAUCCGGUACGUGAUGGAUGGCGAAAACAUACUGAGCUGCAAUGUGGCCUUGCAGAAGUACAAGAACCAGCAGGCGAAGCUGAUCGAGUCACUGUUCCAGUACGCGGACGAACAGUUUGACCAGUUCGGGCAAGCGGAUCAAGCGCUGCUCCGUCGCUACUUCUUCGGCCUCGUAACGUUAUACGGUGCUGAGCUUGGGAACGCGAUCGAGGGCUUCGUGCGCACGUACCCGAAGAUAGUGUCAGAGCAGGAGCUGCAGGACUACCGGCAGCAGCGCUCCGAGCCCGAUACUCAGCUGUCUGGCAUUGCGGUGCAGACCGAUUGGACGAUUCCGGAAACGAAAAAUGUCCGCUUAGAUGUAGGUCAGUUGGAACGCCAGCUCAUUUCCUGUACCUCGGCCAGUGCGGUGCGCAAGCUGCUGGUUAAACUGGCCGGUACGAAUCCCUCGAAGCCACUGUUCACCAUCAACCCCAGCUGGACGGUACCGUAUGCGCUCGAGCAGAUACUGAUACCGUUGCAGCGGGGCUUUCUGCAGGACUUUGCCUACAUUCUCAUCGGCAAAGCGCGUGAGCUGACGGCACGCAAGGACUACAGUACGGCCGUAACGUUGCUGACCGUGCUGAAGAACGAAACACAACGCCCUGAACUAGCCGGCAAUCCACUCGUGGCCAAGCUCGGCAAAAUGGUGGCCUGGGAGGGCGUUCUGGUUCAGGUGCAGCAAGUGCUGGAGGAGUGGCCCCGUAAACCGACCGAUCAACAGGCACUGAUACGUAGCUGUAAGCAGUGCCUGAACUCACUGCUUGCCAGUGGCACAGGGGAACUGGUUCCCCACGCUAAGGUGAUCGAACACUGUGCCGCCCUGCUGCUAAACUGUAACGAAUGGAAUGCCUUGCAACUGCAGCCGGAUAAGCGAUACCCGGGACUGGAACUGUGCUCGGCACUGGCACAAGCAUUCCUCGACAUCGAAAAGUUCAAAGGCACCAAAAAGACAAGCCGUGAAGCCUGGGAACUGGUGCUACCCAUGUUUCUCAAUCCACCAGGGUCAAGACAACGGCAGCUGCCCUCUGAUGGCCCACUGGUACAACUGAUCGUAAAGCUACGAGAUCCACUCGUCAUCUCGCUUCUGCUUUCGCUACUUUCGCGGAUCCACAACAUACUGAAAGAUGAAACGAACCUCGACAUCAGUGCCGAGUAUCUGUUCCUGUGGCCUAGCAAUCUGAACAAUACCUCAAUCUACAACCUGAAGCUGGUAUCGGAAGCACUUCAUCUGCUACUUAACCAAGCGCUCCGUUACUAUCCGAACAACAUCCCUUGGAUCAAGCUGAAGGGUGAUCUGGAGUACGUGAGCAACAAUCACGAGGCGGCCAUGCGUUGCUACGUUACGGUGCUCAUCUCCGGUACCGAAUACUGUACGGUGCAUGCGCAGCGGCCACUGCUAGACGAUGUGCUGGUUCGGCGCAUGAUCAAGUGCAGCUCAAACCUGGGCUGCUUCGUGCAGGCCGCCGUCAUGUGCCAGUUCUUCGAUGAACCGGAUUAUGGGCUCGCCUUCAAAAGCAUCAGCGAGAAAGCGGCCAACAGUGCGGAUGCGAUGGAUUCGUACUACAGCUGCAUCUGGGAUCCAACGCUACUCGAGUUCAUCGUCAACUGGCACCAGAAAAAGGGCGAACAUAUGCGCCGUCUGCAAGCUAGCUCGUUCCUUGCCCAGCUGGAGCUGAACGCAAACAGUAACGAUGAGAUCAAGCGAGAGGCCGCCGCCGUACGGAAGAAUCGCUUUCUACGAUCCCUGGCCAAGCAGUACAUGUGUUAAACGCGGCAGAGGGGGCAGUAUUUACAAAAAUUAUUCUUUUUUUUAUUAUUAUAAAUCCGAUAACUCAUUGCUUAUCUCAA